AGCUGUUUGUACAGCCUUAGUCUGAUUGGGGGUGGGACCGAGUCUCGCUGUUUUACAACACCGUCUUUAGCUCCAUUUCUUGAAUAGACCUCAGUUCUACUAAACCCGGCUUGGUUCGGCCUUGUAAUUCAUAUUAAAGUUUCACUCUACAGUUUUGUUUUUUCCUGAGACUGAAAAAGAUUCUUUAUUUUCUCGCCGCUUAAUCAGUCAGUGAGGCGCCCACCUGUCCUGGUUCUUCUUCUGUGGUUCAGUCAUGGAGCUGGCCUAUGUAUGCGACUGGGAGAAGCGUCCAAAGAGCACCCACUGUCCGUCCGUCCCACUGGUGAGUUCCUGGUCCUGCAGGAACCUGGUGGCCUUCACCACCGACCUGAAGAACGACGAUGACGACAUCAAAGAUGUUAGUCACAUGAUCCACAUCAUCGACACAGAGCAUCCGUGGGACGUUUUCUCCAUCAACUCUGGCCACAGAGAAGUCAUUUCCUGUCUGGAGUGGGACCAAUCAGGCUCCCGCCUGCUGUCGGCGGACGGUGACGGCAGGAUCCGGUGCUGGUCGAUGUCAGAGCACCUGGUGAACAGCUGGGAGAGCACCCUGAGCAGCUCGGUGGACGGAGACCCCAUCGUGGCUCUGAGCUGGCUGCACAACGGCGUCAAGCUGGCGCUGCAUGUAGAGAUGUCUGGCUCCACCAACUUUGGAGAAAAGUUCUCGCGGGUCAAGUUCUCGCCGUCGCUGACGCUGUUCGGCGGGAAGCCGAUGGAAGGCUGGCUGGCGGUGACGGUGAGCGGCCUGGUGACGGUUUCGUUGCUGAAGCCGGGUGGCGCUCUGCUGACGGCCAGCGAGAGCCUGUGCCGCCUGCGGGGCCGCGUGGCGCUGGCCGACAUCGCCUUCACCGGUGGCGGGAACAUCGUGGUGGCGGCGACAGACGGCAGCAGCUCCUCGCCGGUCCAGUUCUACAAGGUGGUGGUGAGCGUGGUGAGUGAGAAGUGCCGCAUCGACACGGAGCUGCUGCCGUCGCUCUUCCUGCGCUGCACCACCGACCCGCUGCGGAGGGACAAAUAUCCGGCCGUCACGCACCUCAAGUUCCUAACCCGGGAGAACUCUGAGCAGGUGCUGCUGUGCGCGUCCAAUCAGAGCGGCAGCAUCGUGGAGUGCUGGUCCCUCAGGAAGGAGGGACUUCCUGUCAACAACAUCUUCCAGCACCGCUCUCCAGUUGUGGGAGAGAAGCAGCCGACCAUCUUGAAGUGGCGCAUCCUGACGACCACCGGCGACCUGGAGCGCGUCUCCGCUGUGGCGCUGCCCAAGCUGCCCAUCUCCAUCUCCAACACCGACCUGAAGGUGGCAUCGGACACCAAGUUCUGCCCCGGCUUGGGUCUGGCCCUGGCAUUCCACGACGGCAGCAUCCAGGUCCUGCACCGCCUGUCCCUCCACACCAUGUGCGUGUUCUACGGCGUCGCUCAGCGGCCCGGGGACGACGCCGCCAUCAAGCGCCCGCGUACCGCUGGCCCCGCCCUCCACUUCAAGGCGCUGCAGUUCUCCUGGACCUCGCUGGCGCUGGCCGGGGUGGACGGCCACGGCAAGCUCCACAUGCUGCGCGUGUCGCCCUCUAUGGGCCAGGUGCUGGACAUGAACACCACGCUGCGUCACCUGCUGUUCCUGCUGGAGUACUGCAUGGUGACAGGCUACGACUGGUGGGACGUGCUGCUGCACGUGCAGCCCAGCAUGGUGCACAACCUGGUGGAGAAGCUGCAUGAGGAGUACAUGCGGCAGAACCAGGCGCUGCAGCAGGUUCUGGCCACGCGCAUCGUAGCCGUCAAAGCAUCUCUCUGCAAACUCUCCACGGCGACGGCAGCGCGGGCGUGCGACUUCCACGCCAAGUUGCUGCUCAUAGCUAUCAGCUCCACCCUGAAGUCUCUGUUACGUCCGCACGUCCUCAACACGCCGGACAAGAGUCCGGGCGACCGGCUGACUGAGAUCUGUGCCAAGAACACCGACACAGACAUCGAUAAGGUGAUGAUCAACCUGAAGACGGAGGAGUUCGUCCUGGACGGGCCCCCCCUGCAGUCCCUACAGCAGCUAAUCCAGUGGGUGGGAGACUUCGUCCUCUACCUGCUGGCCAACCUGCCCAACCAGGUGAGCCAGGGCUCGGCGGUGCGGCCCGGGUUCGGCUUCAUGAGAGACGGGGCGUCGCUGGGAAUGCUGCGGGAGAUGCUGGUGAUGAUCCGGAUCUGGGGCCUGCUGAAGCCCGGGUGCCUGCCCACCUUCACCGCCAUGUCGGACAACCAGGACAGCAUGCAGCUGCUGUUCCGGCUGCUCACCAAGCUGUGGCUGUGCUCGCGGGAUGACGGCCCCCCCCAGGAACCCGACGAGAGCCUGAUAGAUGAGUGCUGCCUGCUGCCCAGUCAGCUGCUGGUUCCCAGUAUGGACUGGCUCCCAGUGAACGAUGGCAUCAUCGUGAAGCUGCAAGGGAAGCUGCCUCUGCGGCUGCAGUUUGGGAAAGCCUCGUCGCUGCAGGGCGCUGGAGGCUCCGCCCCUCUGGAUGUGUUCACCAGGAGUCCUGGAGCUCAGAAGAUGGACAACUUGCGCUGCAUUCACAUGGGUGUCAGCCCCACCGAGGAGAGCAAGGCGUGCACCAGGUGUGGCUGCGUGACGAUGCUUCGCUCCCCUAACAAGACGAACGCCAUGAAGCAGUGGGAGCAGCGCUGGAUCAAGAACUGCCUGUGUGGAGGUCUGUGGAGGAGAAUGCCGCCCAUCUUCACCUGAACGCACCUGGCCAGGUGUCGCCAGGUAGCCAUGGAGAUGAUAUCUGAAGGAAGCUCCUGCUUCCUCUGUUUGCUGUAGAGAGGCUGCAGCGCCCCCUGUGUUCUGUAAAUAAAACCUGUUUUCUAAUAAAAGCAUCAAACUUC